AUGUCACUAUCCCAUCCACAAGCAAUAAUGCAGCCAAUAGCAAAAGCACAAAUAUCAAUUGAUUCCACUUCUACUUCGUUUGCUGAUGAGAUUAUGAUUAUUGACGAUUAUAUGCAACGCGAAGAUUGUUCAUAUCCCCAACGAACUAUUAAUCCUAUUCCAUUUGAAAGAACUGCUUGUUUACCUUUUGGAGAUGAUUAUGUCUCUUCUGCUUCACAAUCUCAAACUUCUUCUCUAGCAGAAGGGUUGUAUUGGUUAAACAAAUUUUGUUAA